AUGAAGACUAUUCUCUUCUCCACUGCCCUUCUCCCAUUCCUGGUCGCCUCUGGCCUUGCAGCGGAUGGCGAUGACUUGACCUGUCGUACUGAACUUGGUAAAACAUCGGUGGCCAAACUCAAGACCGACACGGUCACCAAGACCAACGCCAUCAAGCCAACAACCACAAUUACAGUCGUCCCAACUGAGACUAAGCAAGUUGGUCGCUGGUCUACCAUCACCGUGUUCUCUACAAAGACAUUUACCGUUACUGGCAAGGGUGGCACGGAUACCUUUCGCACGACAAGCACCUCUUUCAAGAUUGCCACGGUCAAGGUCACUGCGACUGCCACCACCACUACGACAAAAACUGGCACUGUCAAGUCAACUUCGACGACCCAGGUCCCUACAAGUGCUGGAUUCAAGUUCAUAUCCGACACUGUCAACUCUGAUGCUUUCGGCGUGGCACUCUCGCCUCGCAAGGUCGCUAAGAACCCUCAUGCCCCUCCGCUGAUCAAGCCCGGUGUCAAGGCCUUUGAAUUCCCUGCCAAGGUUCAUUGUACUAAACUCCUUCCCAAUCCCGAUACGAAGACCGUCAUGAAGACAGCAAAAGCAACCACCACCACAUCUUCUACUCUCCAAAAGACCACAAUAACUGAAACAAUUUCGACAACCACCACUAUUAUCCCAGACGACGCCUCAGUUACCAAGACCUUCACCGCCACAAUGAGCGUGACAACCUACUCAACCAUUUGGACAACCACCACCAGAUCUGCCACCGCGACCAAGACAAAGGUCAUCUCCGGCCCGACAGAAUACGCCGCCUGCUCCGAAGGAAACAUGUUCGGUCCCGACUUCAACAGUGGAGGCACAGGAUACUUUGUCACCAACGUGCUCAACAACGGUCCUGGUAUCCCAUCAGACUUCCAGAUCGUGGCGAACGGUGCUGGAUCCCCAGACGAGUGCUGCAGUUCUUGUAUGCAGUUUGCAAGCUGUGAGACAUGGAUUUAUCGCGCCAAGAACCGUAACUGCUUUUUACUUUACCAUGCGGGGUCGACUUGCAAGACACAAGGAAACCAUCCUAACUUUUUUAUGUCCAAGAAGGGUGCGGAUAGUGGAGCUGGAUUUGUUGUUGGCAAUGGUAAGUGUGGGUUUACCUACAGCGGUAACAGCGACGGCUCCUUGUUCAGCGUGGACGCUUGA